AUGUUAGUUUUAGUUGAAAGCAGCCCAGUAGAGAAUAUUGUAAUUCCUUGGAAAUCUAUCUUACUAUCACCACCUGUUUGGGGAAUAAUUGCGGCCAAUUUUGCAUUGGAUUGGGCGUUUUAUAUUUUGCUUAUAUCGAUGCCAACUUUUCUACUAGAUGUCAUGAAAACAUCUAUCACCAGUAUGGGAUUCAUGGCUGCUUCACCUUUUCUCGUCGAAGGUGUUUGUUCUCCAUUGUCUGGCUUAGCAGCAGAUGUGCUGAGGAAAAGUACGGUAUCUACAAAGAACGUCAGAAGAGUUUUUUACGCUGCUGGCGCCAUAGCGAAUGGGUUUUUAGUACUCAUAGCUGGUUACUCUUUAAAUGUCACGGUGGUUGUUAUUUGCAUGAGUCUGGCUGGAUUGACUACGUCACUGGCAUUCCCGGCAUACACUGUGAACAUGCUAGACAUUGCUCCGCGUUACUCGAGUAUCAUCAUGGGCGUUUGUAACACUGUUGGAACUACAGCUGGGUUUGUCAGUCCAACCAUAGUGGGAUUCAUUGCCCAAGAUAAGACUGCUGAAGAGUGGCAAAGGGUCUUUUUGUUAACAUUUGUAAUUUUACUUGGAGGGACUUUCCUAUUUUGCCUUUUGAUGUCCGGAGAACGACAGGAUUGGGACCAAACUAUGAAUAAACCAACAGACGAAAACAUUGAAUCUGAAAGUGCUACUGGUAGCUAGAACAAUCCUAGACAUAGGUUCUUUGCGUACCUU